AUGGCCUUCGCCUUUUUCGAACAGACCCAUGCCAUCCAUCGGCGUCACCGCUUCGCAAACCGGCUGCACACAUUCGUGCUGGUCGCCGGCUCGCUCGCCCUUCUUGCGAUGACGGCCUGGGCGAUCGCCGGCACGACCGGUAUCGUCUACGCGCUCAUCUUCGGGGGCGUCAGCCUGUUCGCUGCCCGGCGGGUUUCGCCGUCGGUCGUCCUGCGCAUGUACAAGGCAAAGCCUGUGGGGCCGGACCGGUUUCCGGCGGGCCACGCCAUCGUCGCCGAGCUCUCGCGUCGCGCCGGCCUGACCCGAGCGCCCGAUCUGCAUGUGGUUCCGUCGCCGCUGAUGAACGCGUUUGCCGUGGGUCGGCGCGAUGCAUCGGCGAUCGCGGUGACUGAUGCGCUGGUGCGGAGCCUGACCACACGCGAACUGGCCGGCGUUCUGGCCCACGAGAUCACGCAUAUCCGCAACGAGGACAUCAAGGUGAUGAGCCUGGCCGAUGUCGUCUCGCGGCUGACAUCGACCCUGUCGACCAUCGGCAUCAUCGCCGUUCUGUUCAACCUUUCGGGCUUCUUUCCGACCGUGCCCUGGCUCGGCAUUGUGGCGAUGAUCGCGGCGCCGACCGUGGGCAGCCUGCUGCAGCUUGCACUGUCGCGCACCCGCGAGUUCGACGCCGACUAUGGUGCCGCCAUGCUGACCGGUGACCCGGACGGCCUGUCGUCGGCCCUCGUCAAGCUCGAGGGCGCCCAUCGGCGCAGGCUCGAAGCGAUGUUGCUGCCCGCCGGCCGGAUGGCCGAGCCUUCCAUGCUGCGCUCGCACCCCCCAACCGCCGAGCGGGUCGAACGGUUGCAGGCGCUCAAGCCGACAUUGCUGCGCACGCCGCCGGCAGACAAUCCCACUGUCCGUCAGGCUCCGCUGCGACGACGGGUUUCGCCGGUUCCGAAAAUUCCCCGGCGCGAGCAGGGCCGGAUGCGCGACUGGCUGGCCUUUGCCGAGACGCGUCCACCGGUCGGGCCGGUCGUCGGCGCCACCGAAGCCGAUUGUCCGGGUUGUGCCGGUCCGCUACAUCCGCCCGCAGAUCAAGCCCCGCGCAUCCGCAUCGGUCGCGGCGGCGUCUGGUGGUGA